CUCUUCUCUUCUCUACAUCCGAUUCAUAUACGAAAGCAUUCUCUCAAUACUUUCUUACUUCCUUCCAUCAAUUCUUCCUUAAUUUCUUCAUCUGUCGUAUUGAUUAAAUUAAUUUUAUAACAGAGAUGACUUUUAUUUACUGAAACUAAGAAAAUAAAAAGAUCCCUAAGACACAGGUGUUGUGAGAGGCGAGAAUGACAAGUCAAAAUGCAAUGCAAGUUCCUCAGCCUCUAACUGCUUACAACAUUAAACCUCUAUUCAAUUCUGUCGACGCCUUUCUCUUUGAUUGUGAUGGUGUUAUUUGGAAGGGCGAUAAACUCAUCGAUGGAGUUCCACAGACGUUGGACAUGCUUCGAUCCAAAGGAAAGAAGCUGAUUUUUGUGACCAACAAUUCCACCAAAUCAAGAAGACAAUAUGCUGACAAGUUCCAUUCUCUUGGACUCUCAGUUGCCGAGGACGAGAUAUUUUCCUCUUCUUUUGCAGCUUCCAUGUACUUGAAAGUCAAUAAUUUUUCGCCAGAAAAGAAGGUUUAUGUAAUUGGUGGUGAUGGCAUAUUAGAAGAGUUACACCUUGCUGGAUAUACAGGACUUGGGGGCUCUCUUUGUAUUAUGCAUUACAUCAUAUUGCAGGAAGAUGGAGAUAAAAGGGCACAACUGAAAUCAGAUUACCUCUUUCAACAUGACAAGAGUGUUGGAGCUGUUGUGGUUGGAUUAGACCCAAACAUUAACUACUACAAGCUUCAGUAUGCAACCCUUUGCAUUCGUGAGAAUCCUGGGUGCCUUUUUAUUGCUACAAAUCGUGAUGCAGUGGGACAUAUGACUGAUCUACAAGAGUGGCCGGGUGCGGGAUGUAUGGUUGCUGCCAUGUGUGGGUCAACUGAAAGAGAGCCUAUUGUGGUUGGAAAACCUUCAACUUUCAUGAUGGAGUUUCUAUUGAAGAAAUUUCAGAUUGAUACCUCCAGAAUGUGUAUGGUGGGUGAUAGAUUAGACACUGAUAUUUUGUUUGGACAAAAUGCUGGGUGCAGAACUCUCCUUGUUCUUUCAGGUGUGACAACUCAGUCGACUCUGGAAAACCCUGAAAACAACAUCCAACCAGAUUAUUAUACAAGUCAGGUUUCUGACAUUCUUGAAUUAUUGGAGCAUUAGCCUGAUUACUGAUUAGGGAUGACUGCUCAAUUAUUCUUUUUCUUCCCAAGCUCUGUUUGCCUGAGGCUCUACUAUAGAAGACUAGAAAAAGAAGACAUUGAAGAAAAGUCAGAAAUACUACCAGGGGAAGAGAAAAAAAUAAUAAUUAUCAGGCUUGUGACAACUGUGUAUCCUUAAUUUGUGAAAGAAAUUUUAAACUGAUUUGUGAUGAGAAUAUCAACAAUGUGAUUAUUAUUAGCAUUAUCAUAUGAUUACAAUACAGGGCCUAGCAACAGACCCUGUUUCGGAUUAA